CAAGAGAAAUUUUGUUUGUUUGUUUGUUUGUUUGAUACAUUUCUAUACCGCCCCAAAUGCAAGUUCUCUGGGCGGUAUACAAACUAUAAAAAGAGCCAAUAAAAGAUUAAGACAUUUCAACAAUCAAAAUUAAAAAGUUAAAACUAUUAAAACACAAUUAAAACACAAUUAAAACAGUAUCUAAUUAGCAGCCUGGGUGAACAAAGGUGUCUUGACUGUCCUUUUGAAAGUUCUAAGAGAUGGGGAGGCUCUUAUUUCAGCAGGAGGUGUGUUCCAAAGCCUCGGGGCAGCAAUGGAGAAGGCCCGUCCCCAAGUAGCCACCAGACGAGCCGGUGGCAACUGCAGACGAACCUCUCCAGAUGAUCUCAAUGGACAAAUGAGUCACCGCGUGAGCUAUGAUUUGAUGUUGGGCAGGAAUUGGGGGGUGGGGCAGGGUCUGGAGAGUUUCCCGGCCCUGGGAUGGAAAUGAAAACCAGUCAGUUAAUAUUAGGUGAAAGGAAGGAGCUGCAUCUUCAGCCUCUAGACCUGUCUUUGGAUCAGUGCUGACCAAGAGGAUUCAGAGAGAUUCCUCCUCAAAUUUGUCCUACAGAGCACAGCACAGAGCUAGAAGAAGGGCUUUCAUAGUGACUUGAGCAGCAGUGUGUUCUCUUCUGUGUGUGGCAUCGUGUGGCCGAGAAUGUGUAGGCUGAAGGGGAUGGGUGGACUGCCUUGCAUUUCGCAUUAGGAUUUGAAGCCUGUUUGACACACAGGUGAUUUCCGAGGGGCUGGAGCAGAGAUCCACCAUACCAUAUAAUGGCCACCUGAUUGUUCCUGCAUGCGUCCAGACUGCAAGGCCCACUCCCACCACAAGUUUUUUAAAGCAAGUUAAAGGACAGGGUAACUAGCAAUAUUGUGAAAGAGACACGCAAUUAGCUCAUUACACAAAUAAUUAUGCAAGAAUUAAAAUCCAAAUCAACACUCUCACUUCACCAGACCCAAAAGGAUUGCAUAAAUCAGCCCUGGGCUCUUUCCAGACUAGCCGCUGGAACAACAUCAAAAUGCCUCCUUUCGGGCAAGUCACAUUGAAAACGUGAACAGCAGGGGGCGCAGUCUCGCAGCAACUAACAUCCUGAAAAAACAGCAACUUGCUUCCGCCGGAUAUACGAUGUCCUAGCUCUAUAUCACAGCAAUUAAAUUUGAGACAAGGCAUUGGCAAUGUGAACGAUACUCUGCUGUCGUCCUGCAUUCUUUCGAAGUGGGCCCAUCCCAUCUUUAUUCAGAGACUCAGUCAGUUUUUAAUGUAUUAUAUGGCUCCCAUCCCACAUGGUCCUGGGCUACAGACCAAAGUACAAUUCUGUUAAUUGUUUAUUUAUUCUAGUUUGAGAUAUAUCCCCCCCACAAGCAACAAAGUUCUGUAAAGAAACCUGGCUGGGCCUGACGCUAAGAGGCUUUGUGUUGCUGUUUUGGCUUCUCAUUGCUAACCUGUUCCUCUGACCAGGAAAACGUGGCUGACCACAGGUGAGCAGCUCACAAUGUAAAAGAAUGCCAGUAGUUCCAAACAGAACGAUCUUGCCUACGAAGAGCAUGGAAGGGUUGAGAAGGGACCAUCUGUUACUGCUGGGAGCACAGGUUCUGUACCAAUAUGUAUGUGUGUGCUGGCAAAGGGUUUGUUAUUUCGGUGAGAUAGGAGUUUGGGGAUCCCAUCCCACAAUGGGGAUUACGGGGAAGCAGUAUUCUCUCUAAUCUUUGUGGUCUGUGUGCAGAAUGAGUUGUGUUCUGGGCAGCACUAUCAAGGCAGUGUGUGUACACAUGCAUUCAGAGUGGGGCCUUCCCUGAUUAAAACGGAGCGGGAUCUAAAAUUAACUGAGCGGACGUCAAAAACCAUGUAAGCAUGCUCACAUGCAGAUGCCUUAGAGGGAAAACUGUGAGGGAACCGCAAAGGACCCUCAUUUUCACUCUCUCUCACUUUCACUCUCACUCUCUUUCAGGCGCUUGCCACAGGAUUUCCCUUGCUAUCUGCCCAUCUGCCUCCCAAGCGAUGCUGAUCCUAUCCUGUUCCUCCAAGUUGCGGCUGCUGGAGGGGAUACUGCGGAAGAACCUUUUCCAGACACUUCCGGUCCAUGGGGUAGUUAUGAACAUAAACCGUGGGAAUCCAGUUGGUCAUGAGGUGAUCGUGGAUUCCUGGCCAGAGUUCAAAGCUGUCCUCACCCGGCCUCACAGAGAGGUUGCCUCAGAUGACUUGAAUAUACAUGUCAACACAUAUGCAGCCUUUUAUUGGGAUCUUGAUGUAUACCGGACACUGUUGCAGGACACAGAUGCUGUCAACUGGGCCCAAAACCUCUAUAUCCUUGGUAACCAGGAUGGGAUAUUGGAGGCCUCCCGAGAGGCCGCUGCUGUCAAGAAAGUGCAGUUUUCAGCAGAUUCCUUCAUCACCUACAUGUGUCACGAUCCAAACAAAUACCCUGAAUAUCGGCUGGAUCCUGGCUUCACACUCUCCUCCUUGAAUAGCUCCCAUGUUGAUCUACUGAAUGAAACGUGGCACUAUGGGGGCAAUGAACAAAGCCACAGGUACCUGGCCAGCCUGGUGAGACACUUUCCCAGCGCCUGCAUCCUGGAUGUCAACGGUCUCCCCAUCAGCUGGAACCUGAUGAAUCUUUUUGGUACAAUGGUACAUGGCUACACCCUUCCAUCCCACCGUCGCAAAGGCUAUUUAGCUGUGGUGGCAAAAGCACUAGCCAUUCAAGUCCAUGCAGCUGGCUACCCUGUGUAUAGCCAAGUGGCCCUAGAUAAUAACCGUACACACAACUUCCAUGAAAAAAUGGGCUAUGAGAGACUACCUGAGUUGUGUCAUUUCUGCUUUCACUUUGUGAAAGAAGAGAAUAUCAAGGAUUUUCCAUGGGCCUCCAAGCAGGCACCCAGAUGAUAUCGGCCUCUCAUGGACUCCAGCAACAGGCUCAACCAACCUCCAUGAAGCAUAGGGAGAAAACGGGAGACCUGUGCUGACAGCUCUUCAUCCUUUCUUUCCCUGAACAAUUAUCCUUCCCAGUGAUUCUCCUUUCUUUUCCUCUUUGUUGUGUCUUGACUUUACCUUUAGAUUGUGAAACGGAAGGCAGAGGCUGAUGUCCAGACUAAUUUAUGCUUGAGUAGCCCUGUUGAAAUUAAGUAGUCCUUUAGAGUAACACCUGAGUAAUACUACUGAGAAACGUCUUUUGGAUGUCAACCUAUGGGAGAAUCUUUCUUUUCUUUUCUUUUUGGUGGCACAGCACCAUAUAAUUUCAUAAAUAAAUAAAUAUCUGUAUCAUCUGGCAUGAGUGAUCACUGUACACACUGUACCCCUGCCCCACAGGCUUCAACCCAUCAUUUGGGACCUUUUUGAAAUUUUGAAUUAUGAUCAUACUACCAAUGAGGUAAAACCAGCAUUGAAUUAACGAAGAUAUUCACAUUUCCCUCCAAAUUAGUUGUUGUGUUUUUAGUUAAUCCAUUCUUUGUUCCAGACCAGCUUUUGAAUGGUGCUUUAGUUACUUUUCGUCCAGUCCUGGAGUAGAGGCAGGGCUAACAAACAGCCAGCAGCAAGGGCACUGAAAAGGCAUCUGCUCUUGCCUCUCUAUACAUAAAAUCUAUUUUCACUAAACUAUUAAUAUUCCUGAUUUUAUUCCACUGCCUUGUCCUUGUGUGCCACAACAGCUUCCUCUACAGUAGUCAACAGCAGUCUCUUUACAUUGCUGCGUAUCACUCCUACAAUGCAUAUCUCUCCCAACUGUGGAUAUUCUUGACUUCUCUCAUAAAUUUGUUUUUCCUCCUCUUUCAGUUCAGAUCUGUAACAUUCCACAUACAAAAUGUGAUCAAAGCAGUUAUCUAAUGAUAUAAUAAAAGAUCAUUUCCUUUGG